AUGAUGAGUAUCGGAAAACCACAUGAACUUGAUCAAUUAGCUAGUACGAAUAAUAAAUAUUUUUUUAUUGUAUUAAAUUUUCUACGAUUAUCAAUGGGUACACGAUAUUUUAAAUUAAUAUUGGAAACAACAUCUGAUCGUCGUCGAUCAGGAGCUUGGGAAAAUCUUAGUCGAUUGUAUGGUUUAAUGACAAGUUUAGUACAACUUUCACGUUGA